GUGUGCGCAGCGACUUGUACAGCAGGGGAGAGCAGCCAUGCUGGCUGUGUUAUGCCUCAGAGUUUGUAUUGUGUGCAAUUAAGUCAGAAAUGGAAAAAAUUCUGUUGUAUGAUCUUGUUGCGCAGCCUCAGCGGGUGUGGGAAUCAGGAUUUCACAAUCUCUGCUUUUGUUGGUUGGGCAACAACCUUUCUUCACUGACCUCAAAGAAACCAUCUGCUUAAAACAGAUUGACAGAGAGCGCUCGGCUCAGAGUGCACACAGCAGAGGAUCCAGCACUGGACAUGCGACACGUGCGAGGGUGUACAUCCUCACACAAUAGUAAUUCAUCCACGCUGGAAUCCACCAUUACAGAAGUCUCUGUACUUUCAUGUAAUUGCCGGUAAAGGUCUUCCUCAUGGAAUUUCCAAUUCAUUCUGAUGACCAUCAUCUUUUCCACAUUUUGAGGACGUUCGCUGACAAGGUUCCCAGCUGUACUGAAAAAUCUUCUUGAGUGCACACUGGAGGGUCAUGCCUGGAGUGCUGAGGCUUCUACUAGUCCUGUCCCAGGUGGCUGCAUUCCAUUGCAUCCAGCCCCCGCAGGAUCUUCAAGUUGGUGUCCCAAUGCUCGGGAAUGUCGUCCUGUCAUGGAAGCACAAUGAGACCUCUGAAAUCAAUAGCCUAAAAUACUGGAUAAAGUUAGAAACUACAGAGAAGCUGGAUGAGGUCCGUGUCAGCGAGAACCAUUAUACAUGCCCCAUGCUCGCACUCCAUAGUGGACUGAAAGUGCAGGUGGCGGCUAUGAAAGCAGUUCCCCAGGACAGUGUAGAAGAGAGUGAGACCAGUAAGUGGCUGUCCCAAGAGCUGCCCCCAUACUCAGGAGAGGAGGGAACAGCGGCCAAGCAGUUGUCUUGCCAGAUAAAUAUAGAGCCAUCAAACGAAGGUGUACUACUCAGGUGCACCUGGCUGCCCGGAGAGAAGGCUCCUUUAGACACACAGUAUUAUCUUUACUACAGGCAUGAUACCGUAACAGAGAAGUGCCAGGAAUAUAUGACAGAACCAGGACGGGUGAGGCAGACCGGCUGUCAGAUUCUGCUCCAUCGUCUCCUGAUAAAUGAGCCCAAGCAAAUCCUGGUCUACAUUAAUGGCUCAAGCAGGAGCCUGGAGAUUCAGGCUAUGGAUAAAGUCUUCAUGUCCAGUGACAUAGAGGUCCUUCCGCCAGUCCGUAAUGUGGCCUAUGAGAAGGUGGGGAACAAGGGCCUGACGUGGAAAAUGCCCAUCCCCGUAUUAUCAGAGAUUUGUUUCUCCUAUGAAGUCAACAUCCGGUCGGAGGAUAAUAACGAGACGGUCACGGUGUCAUCAUCUUCAUUUUGGAGGAAUACUCUGCAGAAGCCCACUAGCAAGCACUAUGUGCGGGUCAGAGCUGUGGGACAGGAACCCUGCUGGUCGAAUACAAAGCCGUACAGCCCAUGGACGGAGAAUAUAUGUAUAGGAGACAGCGAGAUAGAUGGGUCAAGCAGAGAUAUGCUGGCAAUCACUGUGUCCGUGUGUCUGACUGUGUCAUGCAUUGCAGUAUUUGUGCUGUGUGUGAGGUUUUGGAGAACCAUAUUUCCGCGUAUUCCCAAACCAAAGAAUGACCUGAAGGAGGCCUUUCAGAAUACCCAAAAUGAGGCCCUGAUGCGCUGCAACUCCUGGGACAAUGAGGAAGUGAUAAGUUACAUUGUGGAGAUGACAGGAUCAGACAAAUAUAACGUAACUACAGACUAUACCCAAGUUGGAGAAUACCCCGGCAGUGGCACCUACAAGACGGCUUGACCAGGACUAAGACAUUUCCUCCAGAAUUCAACUUCAAGAGUUAAGUUGCCUUCCAGUGUUCUUGGAGAAUAAGCAUGGAUUUUCUCCAUGACUUAUACGACUAACUGGAACAAUGCGGCUCAGCAACCCCCCCUACAGGUUAUAUCGGCAAGCUAUUAUAGGAAUUGGUGCUACACAGUAAGCAUGGUUGUGCUAGGGGAAUUUGUACUGUGCUUUGCUGAAGACUCAUUCACUGACCCUGUCAUUGUGGGGAAGAGGCAGCUGAAGUGUUCUCUAUGCAUUAGGAUGAUUCUGAAACCUCAUUGUUGUGGGCUAAGGGAUGCCCAAAUGUGAUUCACACAGGUCGCCUCAUAUAAUUGCCUGAUUAUACUGUAAUUGUAAAUGAACUGCUAGAUGCGAGCUCAUGGCAGUUACGGGUAUUUGCCCUAUUGGGGCAGCAGAUGUCGCAGCACACACAAACCUAUGCAUGCAGUGAUCUAAGUUUGCCAGUGAGUGCUUUGUAGUUUGAGCUUUUUGACCAGCAGCCAUUUGUGUGCUCUGUGGUUUUGGUGUAAGUAGAGGAAAUUUGCACAUGUUGGCUGUCCUCCCAAGUCGCAUCUUUGCAGAAACAUUUCCAUGCAGACAGACAGUUCUGAGACCAGUGAAAUUGUUAAAGGAGAGAAGAUUAAAAACAAAAUAAAUAAAAAACGUAUAGCAAACCCUAUACGUUUCUGGUGGUCAGACUCCUCAUUCAUCAGGCUAAUUCUUACGCUGUAUGUGCCCUGCACAUAGGGGGUUAUUAAGAUGUGGAAACAACCCAAAAACCAAGCAACUGGGCAAUGCCAUGCUGCACUGCAGGUGGGGCAGAUGUAACAUGUGCAGAGAGUAUUAGAUUUGGGUUGUGUGUUUAAACUGAAAUCUAAAUUGCGGUGUAAUAAUAAAGCUGUCUAACAUUUGUGAUCUACAUGCAAAAGCAGCCAGUAUUUACCCUGCACAGAAACAAUAUAAAAAUAUUUCCUCCCCUUGCAUCGCAACACGUUUUGUUCCAGAUACAAAUGUACAUACUUUUUCUGCCGUGCUUCCACAUCCGAAUCACUAUUGUGAUAGUACAAGCCAGCAAACAGUAUAGCAAGCAUAGUAGUGGCCUAGUAUUGUGGCUUCAUGGGUGACAAAACUCAUCAGCGACUAUGUCAUGGUCCUGGCGCACUGUAGGCUGCUUGUUAGAGCCUACUGACAUCCAAGGCCACUGCAGAUCACAUGGGGGCCUAUGCCGGCUGUUCACGUCCGUCACAUAGAUGCUGAUCUCAGUGUAGCUUUGCAUGCAAUGUAUAAGGAUGGUGCUACAACCAUCGCAUGACCACAUGAGGCUCAGCCUGCACAGGUGCUAUGCCACUGUCCUUACAUUCAGUACUGGAUGCUGCAUUGUCACCAAAAACCUGGGAUCUUCUCCAAAGACUAAUUUCUUUUUGUACUUGUUGUUUGACUAUAAAAACACUGCUGGAUUAUUAUACAUCUUGUUAUACUGGACAUUUCCUUAUAGUCACUGCUUGUUUUCAUUCCACAUCUCAAUGUUACCUCAUCGUCGUCAUCUCUUCUUUUAUUUGCUAAUGGGACGGACAGUCAGAGUGACAAAUCAGAACAGAAUUCACACACAGGGGCCCAUUUAUCAUUAAAUAUUUGCGGCAUAUUCCAAGAAAACACAGGGUAUAGCUGCAAAUAUUGAGCAUCUGAGAGAGGGAUCGUAGCAGAUAUCUCCGAUACUUUCUGUGGUCCCUACAUUCCUGCCGCCAUCAGCGGCCCCCAUACGUUUCUAUGGGGAGUAUGAUGCUGUUAGAUUUUCAUAGCUCUGGAGUGAGUGGUGUUAGCUUGAUGUCGCCUAUGGACUACAAUUCUCAGAAAGCAGCUCCAGGACCCUCUGCUUGUACAGUACGUGGUCAGCAGGAGACAGGAGCAAACACAUAGGAGGGACGGGCAACUUUCAGGGGGCCCCUGUCUCUGCAUCUGUUCAUUCACACAUUCCAGUGGUAUCAUUGCGUUUUGCAAUGUGAUUCUGGGUGCUAAUAUCCCAGAUUGCACUGCAAAUGGGAUGAGUGAUAAAUAGGACUCAUAGAAACAUGCUGGAUUGAUGAGGAGCAGAUGUAAGGCAGAGGGUACAGGGAACCCUAGAGGACAGGCUAAUGUGGAGGCUGGUGUAGAUGGUAGAACAUGCAGAGGACAAAGGGUGGGAUAGGCUGUACUGAAGAGGUGGCUAUGAGAGAAUGGGUAAAAGUCAGGGUACAGACAUUCUAUACAGGGAUCCAAUAUGAGAAUCCAACUAAAAAUGAUCAGACUGUUAAUUGGAGAUAGGUGGCCUAAUUCAGACCUGAAGAUGGGAAAAACCAUGUGCACUGCAGGGGAGGCAGAUGUAACAUGUGCAGAGAGAGUUAGAUUUGGGUGGGGUGUGUUCAAACUGAAAUCUAAGUUGCAGUGUAAAAAUAAAGCAGCCAGUAUUUACCCAGCACAGAAACAAAAUAACCC